UUACGCCAAGUGUACGAUGGCGAAAGAUAGAUCAUCACGUGGCCACUGGGCGUCCAAAACCGAGUUCAUCCUGUCGUGCAUGGGGUACGCAAUCGGUUUGGGCAAUGUUUGGCGUUUCCCGUACCUCUGCUAUCGGAACGGUGGUGGAGCAUUUCUGGUGCCGUAUCUGCUGAUGCUGGCGCUGUGCGGUGUUCCGCUGUUCUUUCUCGAAGUGUGCCUCGGACAGUUCAGUGGUACGGGGUGUGUCACGGUGUUCAAAAUCGCACCCCUGCUAAAGGGUUCAGGCAUCGCGAUCAUAGUGAUCAACUUCAUCUGCACCGCCUACUACAAUGUCAUCAUUUCGUACCCCAUUCUGUUUCUCUGGAAGUCACUGCGGACGAGCUUGCCGUGGGAAACCUGCCAGAACGCCUGGAACACGGAUCGUUGUGUGGAGCUGCGCGAUGGCGGACGACAUGUCGAAGCGUUCGUUAACAAUAGCAUCCUGCCGCCAUCGGAACGAUACCGCACACCGGCGGAUGAGUUUUUCCACAACGAAAUACUUCAGAUCUCCCAGGGCAUAGACGAUCCCGGUGGCAUCGUGUGGCCACUGUUCGUUUGUAACGUCAUCGCGUGGGUCGUCAUUUUUUGCUGCAUCGCCAAAGGUGUCGAGUCGGUCGGGAAGGUGGUGUACUUCACCGCGACGUUUCCGUUCGUCAUCUUGGCGGUGCUGCUCGUCCGGGGCGUAACCCUGCCCGGUGCGGUCGAUGGCAUCAAGUUCUACAUCAUGCCGCAGUGGAGCCAGCUGCUAAACCUGAAGGUAUGGGCAGACGCGGCCAUACAGAUUUUUUUCUCGCUCGGCCCCGGCUGGGGUGGCAUCGUGAACAUGGCCAGCUACAACCAGUUCAAGAACAACACCAAGCUCGACUCGAUACUGAUCCCGAUCGUCAACUGUGCCACCAGCGUGCUGGCCGGCUUUGUGGUGUUUUCCGUGCUGGGAUACUUUUCGUAUCAAACCGGUCUGCCUGUGGCAACGGCCGCUACCGGUGGUCCGGGGCUGGCUUUUAUCACGUACCCGGAGGCGAUCAGCAUGCUGCCGCUGUCCCCGCUGUGGGCCGCCUUGUUCUUCAGCAUGCUGUUUCUCCUGGGAGUGGACAGUAUGUUUGUACAGAUCGAAGCCAUCAUAUCAUCCGUCCUGGAUGUCUUCCCUUCGUUGAGACAAACGAAACUAUCUAUAACCGCCGGGACAUGCUUCCUGCUGUUUCUGCUGUCCGUGUCCUGCGUCACCCGGGGAGGAAUGUACCUGAUACAGCUGUUGGAUUGGUACUCGGCGUCGAUUUCAGUAAUACUGGUCUGCAUUGUGGAAGUCAUUGCCGUGGGGUGGAUCUACGGGUGCCACCAUUUCGUGCGCGAUAUUCAGUUUAUGAUUGACCGAAAGGUCGAACGGUUCUGGGUGUUAUCGUGGAAGUAUGUAACACCGGUUGUGCUGAUUUUUAUCUUUUUCACCACAAUCGCUUACAACACGGAGGUAUCGUACAACGGUCUGGCUUACCCUCGUUGGGCAAUUGGCGUCGGAUGGGCCAGUUGUUUCGCGUCAAUGCUUUGCAUACCAGGGUUUAUGCUGUAUCGAUUGAGUCGUUCCAAAGGACCGUUGAUGAAGCGUUUGAAGGACCAACUGCAGGCACAAGAUUGGGGUCCAGCUGAUGCUGAGCAGCGUGAACUGUGGACGGCGUUCGUGUUGCAAGUAAAGAAACAGGAUAAUUGAACUCAAUAAAUUGAUCUCCUGCUCGCAACAAACUAUAGCUGGAGCAGCGUUCGUACGUUGAAUAGGUUUCGUAUUGUUGGAAGCAUUACUCUUAAUGCUUGAGACGCUGGUCUAACCAAGAAAACCGCUGCCGAACGAACGGCUUUGUAAACGUGCGAGUGUGAGACGUGCGGAACGUGCGAUACAUUCUCCGGUCGGUGGUGAGCUGCUCGAUGGCUGUGCAAAAAUGGCAUGGGACUUCCGUAAACUUGCGUUAGAAAUAC